UCAUGCUGCUGCCAGGUCCAGAGUCUCUCAUGGGUCCCUGUACGGCCUCCCAUUGCUGCUGUCUCCAUCGCCACACUCUGCCAUGUGCCACUUUCAGGUCUCCUCACACACUGCUGGUGUGUUGAAUUUUUUGACAUAGGGUGCUGGCAGAUUACGGGCCUCCCAUAGCUGCUGCCAGGCCCCUAAUCUGCCAUGGGCCCCUAUAUACCGCCUCCUCAUGCUGCUGCCAGGUCCAGAGUCUCUCAUGGGUCCCUGUACGGCCUCCCAUUGCUGCUGUCUCCAUCGCCACACUCUGCCAUGUGCCACUUUCAGGUCUCCUCACACACUGCUGGUGUGUUCAAUUUUUUG